AACAACCUUUGGCACUUUUUGGGCUCCACCCAGAGACCAAUGACGAAGGGGGUAUGUGUUGUAGCGUUGCUAACGUGGAGAGUAUUUAAGUGGUAGGUUCCUCACGUACCGUUUAAACAUCUAGGGAUUUAGCCAUCGCUCUAACGACUUUCUAGCCAGAGGAAAGUGGGAGGAAAAUUGCGGAGAGAUGCGUCUGUUGGUGCUGGUGUCUGUGUGUCUGUUGGUGUCCGUUUGGGCAGAUGACACACCGGUGGAUCUGACACUACAGCCUGGUGAGAAAGGAAAAGACAUCGUGGACGCCUGUAUCGGGCGGAUAAACCUGGCGCAGAUCUUCCAAGAUGACGCAGGCAUGCUGCGUAGGAUCGCGUGGGUGGAGUCCCAGUUCGGAGAGGCAGAGGGCGUUACUACUUGUAUUUGGGGCGUGACGCCGACAAUGUACGAAACAGUCUCUCCCAGCCAAGCUACCAAGGACGCCAUUUUGGAGGGUUUGGGGAUAGACUGGGACCAGGUGGACGUGUCGGACCUGAACAAGCCGCUGUACUGCGCCCUGGCCGCCAGGAUUCUGUUCGCCGCCUGUCAGACCGACCUGCCGCUUAGCCUCGACCUCCAGGCCGAUCUGUGGGCCACCUGUUACAACACCCAGGGAAACAUGCAGACGUACAUCGACGCUGUGAACGAGCUGGAACAGGAGUCAGAGUGUAAGAUCCCCGGUAUGGACAUGGUGUUUGUGCUGGACGGUUCCGGCAGUGUUGGAGCGGACAACUUUGAGACGGUGAAAGACUUCGUCUCGUCCGUAGUAGACGCGUUCGAGAUCGGACAGUCCCGUACCCGUAUCGGUGUGGUACAGUACAGCAACGAGAUCCAGAAUGAGUUCAACCUGACAGAAUAUGGCAACAAACCGGAUGUACAGUCCGCCAUCGGCAACAUCACAUACCUACAAGGCAGCACGUACACAGGCGCCGCCUUGCGGUACAUGACAGACGUCAGCUUCUCUUUGGAGGCCGGUGCGAGGCCUGCGUACCAGGCUAUCCCUAAGGUCGGUAUCGUUGUUACGGACGGCGAGGCCACAGACAAUGUCCGGGGACCCGCCGACCGUGCACACGAGGCCGGGAUUAACGUGUUCGCCAUCGGGAUCGGGGGCUACGACCGCCGCGAGCUCAACCAGAUCGCCACCGACCCCGACGCCACACACGUCUUUGCCGUGGACAACUUCGCCGCCACUGACUACAUCAAGGAUGCUCUGGAGGGAAGGACGUGCAAAGAGCCGGCUCCCGUGCCAGUUGGAGAAAACGUGCAGGGUGACCUACCCCAGGGGACGCUGCAGUUCCUGUCAUUCAAGGUUAAGAUCCGACAUGGCAUGACGUUCAAGUUGAAGAUGCGGGUCGGCAGUGUGAACUUCUACCUGUCUAUCCGGAUCCGGAACCCCAACCGUGCUCUGUACGACUUCCGUCUGCGCACCCGGCCCAACAAGAUGAGGCUUGACAUCUUCAUCCCGCCGAGCCGUCUGAGGGAGAUGCUGGGCCGGGAGCGGCGGCAGGCCGUGGUGGAUGAUGACGAGGAGGUGGAGCUGUACGCCUCGCUGGAGGGCGUGGACGGGACCAACCAGUUCGACCUGGAGACGGACGAGGGAGACACCGCCGACCCAGCCUACCUGGAUAACGGCUCUCCCCGGGCAGCCGCCGGCGUGCUGACACUGGUCAUGCUGCUCCUCACGGCUAUCAUGCAGUAG